AUGCGCGGUGGCAGAGGCGGAGGACGCGGCGGCGGCAGAGGUGGCGGUUUCGGCGGCGGCGGUGGUCGUGGUGGCGGCGGCGGCGGCGGACGCGGAGGAUUCGGCGGCCGUGGAGGCGGUCGCGGCGGUGGUCGUGGCGCAGGCGGUCGCGGAGGCGGUCGGGGCGCCGGCGGCAGAGGUGGUGGUCGGGGCGGAGCGGCCGCAGUGCGCGGCAACGUCUUCCAGCCACAUGCCCGCAUGCGUGGCUGCUACCUGCUGGCCGGAAAGGACACACUCGCUACCAAGUCUCUCGUCCCUGGUGUCUCCAUUUACGGCGAGAAACGCCUCAGUGGCACCACCGCCGGCGAAACAGAGUCAUGCGAGUUCCGAGUGUGGAACCCCUACCGCUCAAAGCUGGCAGCGGCUAUUUACUCUGGUGUCGCCCAGAUCUACAUGGAGCCUGGGUCCACUGUCCUUUAUCUCGGGGCUGCGAGUGGAACGACCGUUAGUCACGUCUCAGACUUGGUGGGGCCAGAAGGUGUGGUAUACGCGGUUGAAUUUUCACACCGCAGUGGGCGUGAUCUUGAAGAAAUGACAAAACGCCGUAAUAAUAUUGUUCCCAUUUUGGAGGACGCGCGGUAUCCACAAAAGUACCGUAUGCUGAUUCCACGAUUGGUGGACUGCAUCUUCAUGGAUGUUGCCCAACCUGAUCAGGCGCGUAUCCUAGCUCUGAAUGCGCAACAUUUUCUUAAGGAUAAUGGUGGUUUUGUAAUCUCUAUCAAAGCUAAUUGUAUUGAUUCUACUGCAGAUCCUGCUACAGUGUUCGCCUCUGAGGUACAGAAGCUGAAGGAAUCCGGUCUCAGACCCAAGGAGCAGGCUUCGCUAGAGCCUUUUGAGCGUGAUCACGCAGUUGUUACUGGUUAUUAUAAGUCUCCACCAAAGUAG